AUGAAAACGAUACAACAGUUGGAAAAUGAAAUAAAAGAUGUAGAUAAGCAACUAGUCAAGGUGGAAACAGAAAUAAAUAAGUGGAAGAAUGAACAACGCAAACUUCACGAAAAGAAAACAUCUUUAAAGAAAACGAUUAGUAAACUAAAAUCAGAUACUUUAGCUAGUGUGGACUGGGGUGGUAGUACUUAUGAAUGGUCAAAUGAUGUAAAAAAUACUCUUAAUAAUAUUUUUAAAAUUGAUGAAUUUCGCCCGAAACAACUUAGCGCUAUCAAUUCAACUUUGUCUCGGCAACAUGCCCUAGUUGUGAUGCCUACCGGCGCUGGUAAAAGUCUUUGCUAUCAGCUGCCAGCUCUAAUAAAGCCAGGGAUUACUAUUGUAAUAUCUCCUCUAGUUUCUUUGAUGGAAGAUCAAGUACGGUCCUUAACAAAUAAAAACAUACCGGCGAAACUUAUGACUAGCACCAGUUCUAAAGCAGAGACUACAGCAGCACUCAAUGUUCUCAAAGACAAAAACACAGACAUUAAACUGUUGUAUGUGACUCCUGAAAGACUUGCAAAGAGUAAGAGAUUCAUGUCAGCCCUCCAAAAAUGUCAUGCUGAAGGUAGAUUGCAGAGAAUCGCUAUAGAUGAAGUUCAUUGCUGUUCCCAAUGGGGACAUGACUUCAGACCUGAUUAUAAGUAUCUAGGAAUACUCUCUAAUAUGUUUCCCGGAGUUCCUAUAUUAGGAUUAACAGCUACAGCUACAUCUCAUGUAUUAAAUGAUGUUCAAAAGAUCCUCAAUAUAACCGGUUGCUUAGUAAUUAAAUCAACUUUCAAUAGACCAAAUUUAUAUUAUAGAAUACUAGAAAAACCUACAUCACAGGAAGAUUGCUUGUCCAUACUUGAGAAGCUCUUAAAAUAUAGAUAUAGGGGGGAAAGCGGAAUCAUCUACACUAACAGUAUUAAAGAUUCUGAAGAGAUAACUGAGGGUUUGAAGAAGAGGAAUUUAAAAGUAGCUUGUUAUCAUGCAAAUUUAAGUGCAGAUAUAAGGUCUAAAGUACAUAUUAGGUGGCAUGAGAAAAGCCUUCAGGCAAUCGUAGCGACAGUGGCUUUUGGUAUGGGAAUUGAUAAACCUGAUGUAAGAUUUGUUAUACAUCAUACAAUAAGUAAAUCUAUGGAAAAUUAUUAUCAAGAAAGUGGGAGAGCUGGAAGAGAUGGUCAGCGGGCAGAAUGUGUAACUUUGUAUAGAAUGCAAGAUGUUUUCAAAGUCAGUACUAUGGUGUUUUCCUCUGCAGGGAGCUUGGAUCAUUUAUAUGGCAUGGUGAAAUACUGUCUUAAUGGAACAUUAUGUAGACGGCAACUGAUUGCUGAACAUUUCGAUGAAGAUUGGGGAAAUGCAGAUUGCAAUAAGAUGUGUGAUGUUUGUUCUAAUCCUAACGUAAAUAGUAAAGACAUAUCUCUUGAAAUGCACUGCAAGACUCUGGAUAGUAUUAUUAGCAAUGCAGAAAAGCAGGACACAAAACUCACAGCACAAAAAUUGCUUGAUGCCUGGUAUUUAAAAGGUCCAGUGCCUCUCAGACAUAAAGGCAAAGAACCAAAUUUCUCCAGACUUGUAGGUGAAGAUGUUAUAGCAUUUUUGCUAACCCAAGGCUAUUUAAUAGAAGACUUCCAUUUCACAGCAUAUUCAACAAUAAGUUACAUUAAGAAAGGUCCCAAUAUGGAAGCUAUUAACGAUAUUAAUUUUGAAUUGAAAAUGCCUGUUAGAAAAUAUUAUGAAUUUCAUUUAGACAGGCCGGCACCAAGAGAGUAUGAAACUUUAGAAAGUAAACCUGAAAUCAAAGAAACCAGAAAAAGAAAAAUUUCUGAAGAGCAUGAUACAAGAAAAUUGAAAACUGUCAUAAUUGAUGAUUAA